UGCCGAUGAGAAUAAUUUCUCAGCGUCCUAACGUAGAAAUCUGAAGAUUUUCAACAGAUUAGAAAACAUGGCUUUACCACCGGGUCUAGCAGCUCGAUUAAUGAAAAGAGGAAUAAUUCAACAAAGUGACUCGCUAAAGAAAAAAGCAUCUGACCUUGACGAGGAGGUCAUCGCAGAGGACUACGAUGGUCUCGAAGCGCGCACCGAUGGCACCGAGCGCCCGGCCACCACCAGGGAGCGCCGGGUGGCGGUAGAAAAGACUCGCCAGGUGGCGCGCAGUGAUGGAGAAUCGGAGGAGGACGGGGAGAAGGAGGCGGUUGCUUCGGCGGCGGAGGAGAGGGCCGGCGGGAGCGUGGCGGGAUCAUCUGACCUUGACGAGGAGGUCAUCGCAGAGGACUACGAUGGUCUCGAAGCGCGCACCGAUGGCACCGAGCGCCCGGCCACCACCAGGGAGCGCCGGGUGGCGGUAGAAAAGACUCGCCAGGUGGCGCGCAGUGAUGGAGAAUCGGAGGAGGACGGGGAGAAGGAGGCGGUUGCUUCGGCGGCGGAGGAGAGGGCCGGCGGGAGCGUGGCGGGAUGUGAGAACAGAUGGAACCCGUAUCACGAAUGCCACGACUACUGUCGCAUACGGUACGGGAAACGCAGGAAGCAGCCGGAGGCGGCGGUGGACGCUCGCAGGAGCAAGCUGUUGCGGAGACAUCCAGUACCCACCGGCUGGAAGGAGGUCCUAGAUGGCGCCACCGGCCGCUACUACUACUGGAAUAUGACGAGCGAUGAGGUAGCGUGGCUGCCGCCGUCACACCCGAGGGCACUGGUAACUCGCUCAUGUGACAUCGUGAGAGAUCUCAUUAAGAAUGGCAGCAGUGCAGUUGAUCCGGUCACGUUCGCGGUGACGGCUGCACUGUUGCCGCCUACCUCCGCCGUUUCCACGCACGUUGACGGUGAAGCCAUGCAGGUGGGCGGGGAAGAGGAGGACGAGGAGGAGGAUGAUGAUGAUGAUGAUGAUGAUGAGGAGGAGGAGGAGGACGAUAUGAGCGAAUCUGAGGAUAAUGACGAGGAAGAGGAGAAGGAAGCCAGCAAGCCGAAGCGUGGCGCCCCCAAUAAUGCAACACAAGGCAAGGCGUGGCGGGAUGAGGGCACCACUGCUGCAGGGAGAGGAGGAGACUCGAGGGUGGCACGAGGAAGAGGAGGAGGAGGAGGUCCGCCACGUGGCGGAGACAAAGGAGGAAGACGGGGCAGCAGCCGCCCGGCAGAGCUCGACCCCAUGGACCCGGCUAGCUACUCCGACAUUCCACGGGGCUCAUGGUCGGAUGGCCUCGACCAGAAGGGAGCAGCGAAGACCGGCGUAGACACCACUGCCUCGGACCCUUUCCAGAUGCGUCCCUACCCGAGUCCCGGAGCUGUGCUCAGAGCCAACAGGGAGGUGCAGAAGUGAGCACUUUGACACUGGGAACGAGGUCCCAUCGCGUGCCCGUGCGGAGGUUUUAUUGAAGAUAUGCACCUAGAGCCUACCAGCUGAGGUUGGUCGGGCGACAGAUGAUGGGAGGCUGGUCACACGACAGAUGAUGGGAGGCUGGUCACACGACAGAUGAUGGGAGGCUGGUCACACACACGACAGAUGAUGGGAGGCUGGUCACACACACGACAGAUGAUGGGAGGCUGGUCA